UUAAACCUUUCCGGGGACUAUUUACUCCUGAUCCUAAGUGACAGCUUGGGGAGGGAGAGUCACGUGGCUGUGAAAUCCCCACGGGAGCCGAUGGAGCAUGCCCAGCUGCUUCUGCCUGGGAAAGGUGCUGGAUCCUGCGGUAACCACAACAGCAUCCUCUCUUGGAGCCAGGGACCUGCCAGCGGGAGAGAUGACUGAUUAGAACAGAUUAGAUCUUGUGCCCCGCUAUUCCAAAGGGGCCCUGAGGGGCAGAGGAGGAAUACCCCAGCUGGCCUGAGCUGGGGGAGGGGAGCCUCCGGAAUCUCACUCUAGGCGGGAUCACACCUCCGAGGCCCAGCUGCCACAAUGAAAGACGGAACACGUUUCGACACCCAGUGACCGGCCAGGUCCCAGAGGAGAACAAAAAGUUUGACUUGAAAUCAUCGGCCUUGGACAUGUCCAAUAAAACAGGUGGAAAACGCUCUGCUACCACCAACAGUGACGUAUUCAACCACAACAUGGUGUCAGAAGUCCCUCCAGAGCGGCCCAAUAUCCGGGCGAAUCGAACAUCCCGCAAAGCCAUAGCCUUCGGCAAGCGCUCACACUCCAUGAAGAGGAAUCCCAACGCGCCUGUCACCAAGGCAGGCUGGCUCUUCAAACAGGCCAGCUCCGGGGUGAAGCAGUGGAACAAACGCUGGUUUGUCCUGGUGGACCGCUGCCUGUUCUACUACAAAGACGAGAAGGAGGAGAGCGUCCUGGGCAGUAUUCCCCUGCUGAGCUUCCGGGUUGCGGCCGUGCAGCCUUCUGACAACAUCAGCCGGAAGCACACCUUUAAGGUGACUGUGUGCUGGGUAGAUGAGGCUGGAGCCAGUUCCACGCACUGCCUCUCCCCACAGGCUGAGCAUGCUGGAGUUCGCACGUAUUUCUUCAGUGCCGAGAGCCCUGAAGAGCAGGAAGCAUGGAUCCAGGCCAUGGGGGAGGCUGCCCGGGUCCAAAUCCCUCCAGCCCAGAAGUCCGUGCCCCAGCCUGUGCGUCAUAGCCACGAGAAGCCAGACUCCGAGAACAUCCCACCCAGCAAACACCAGCAGCAGCCACCUCACAACAGCCUCGCCAAGUCGGAGCCCGAGGCCAAGACUCGGGGGGAGGGAGAUGGCCGAGGCUGUGAAAAGGCCGAGCGGGGACCAGAGCGGCCUGAAGUCAAGAAAGAGUCUCUGGUGAAAGUCAAUGGCCUCCCUGCUGGACCCGAGCCACCCUCAGAGCCUGGCAGCCCUUAUCCUGAGGGCCCAAGAGUCCCAGGGGGUGGGGAGCAGCCCGCUCAACCCAAUGGCUGGCAGUACAGCUCUCCAAGUCGACCAGGGAGCACAGCUUUCCCACCUCAGGAUGGGGAGAGUGGGGGCCGCCGGCAGAACUUCCCACCGCGCACGGACCCUGACAAAAUCGCCCAGCGCAAGAGCUCCAUGAGCCAGCUUCAGCAGUGGGUGAACCUGCGCCGCGGGGUGCCCCCACCCGAAGACCUUCGGAGCCCUUCCAGGUUCUACCCUGUGUCCCGCCGAGGCCCUGAGUAUUACAGCCCCUACUCCUCCCAGUACCCGGAUGACUAUCAGUGCUACCCACCAGGGGUACGGCCAGACAGCAUCUGCUCCAUGCCAGCCUAUGAUCGGAUCAGCCCACCCUGGGGCCUGGAGGACAAACGCCACCCUUUCCGUAAUGGGGGUGGCCCUGCUUACCAGCUGCGUGAAUGGAAGGAUCCCACCAGCUAUGGGCGGCAGGAUGGUACCGUCUGGAUUCCCAGUCCCUCCCGGCAGCCAGUUUAUUAUGACGAGCUGGACGCUGCUUCCAGCUCUCUACGCCGCCUCUCCUUGCAGCCCCGUUCCCACUCCGUACCCCGCUCGCCCAGCCAAGGCUCCUACAGCCGUGCCCGCAUCUACUCCCCGGUCCGCUCACCCAGUGCCCGUUUUGAGCGGCUGCCACCUCGCACGGAUGACAUCUAUGCUGAUCCUACUGCCUAUGUGAUGAGGCGAUCCAUCAGCUCCCCCAAGCAUGAUUACCUGGGAGACAGGCGCCCAGUCCCUGCAGGACUGUUCCCCUACAACUACCCACCGUCCCCCAUGGUCCACGAUAAGAUGGAUGAACUUUUAGAUCUUCAGUUGCAAAGAAACCUAGAGUAUUUGGACCAGCAGAUGAGUGAGAGCGAGACUCUCAUCAGUAUGGUGAACCGCAUGGUGGAGAACUCCUCCCCCAGGGCCCAGCUCUUCAUGCAAGUCCCUCCAUACCCAGAGGUGUUCCGGGAUGGCCUCCAUACCUUCAAGCUAAAUGAGCAAGACACGGAUAAGCUGCUGGGCAAGCUGUGUGAGCAGAACAAGGUGGUGAGGGAGCAGGACCGGCUGGUUCAGCAGCUCCGAGCAGAAAAGGAGAGCCUGGAAAGUGCCUUGAUGGGGACCCACCAGGAGCUGGAGAUGUUUGGGAGCCAGCCCGCCUACCCAGAGAAGCUGAUGUGUAAGAAGGAGUCCUUGCAGCACCAGCUCAUCAACAUCCGGGUGGAGCUGUCACAGGCCACCACGGCGCUGGCCAACAGCACAGUGGAGUAUGAGAACCUUGAGUCUGAGGUCUCCGCGCUGCAUGACGACCUCUGGGAACAGCUCAAUCUGGACAUUCAGAAUGAGGUACUCAACCGACAAAUCCAGAAGGAGAUCUGGAGGAUCCAGGAUGUGAUGGAGGGGCUGAGGAAGAACAACCCAUCCCGGGGCACAGACACAGCCAAGCACAGAGGAGGACUUGGCCCUUCGACCACCUACAGCUCCAACAGCCCAGCCAGCCCCCUCAGCUCUGCCAGCCUCACGAGCCCCCUCAGCCCUUUUUCAAUGGUGUCUGGUUCUCAGGGCUCCCCCACCAAGCCGGGGUCCACUGAGGAACCCGGCCCACCUCGGCCGCCCCUCCCCAAAGCCUACGUCCCCCUGGAGUCUCCUCCCACCGUCCCUCCACUCCCUAGUGAGAGCCGCUUCUGGCCAUACCCCAACUCCCCUUCCUGGCACCGCAGUGGCGAGACAGCCAGGGGUCAGCCCAAGACAAGCUAUGAGCAAAGCAAGAACGACCCCCACCAGACAUCACCCCUGGACACCUCCAGAGACGUAAGCCUUGUGCCCACCAGACAAGAAGUGGAGGCAGAAAAACAAGCAGCUCUCAACAAAGUUGGCAUCGUGCCCCCCCGGACAAAGUCUCCCACUGAGGAAGAGGUGACUUCAUCAGCUGUGGUGAGGAGGACUGCCAAUGGACUUGCCAAUGGCCUGUCCUCACGGCAGGAGCGCCCGAAGAGUGCUGUGUUCCCUGGAGAAGGCAAGGUUAAGAUGAGUGUGGAGGAGCAGAUGGACCGGAUGCGGCGGCACCAGAGUGGCUCCAUGAAGGAGAAGCGGAGGAGCCUGCAGCUCCCGGCCAGCCCGGCCCCUGACCCCAGCGCCAGGCCCACCUACAAAGUGGUGCGCCGCCACCGCAGCAUCCACGAGGUGGAUAUCUCGAACCUGGAGGCAGCCCUGCGGGCCGAGGAGCCUGGCGGCCAGGCCUACGAGACGCCACGGGAGGAGAUCGCCCGGCUUCGCAAGAUGGAGCUGGAGCCCCAGCACUACGAUGUGGACAUCAGUAAGGAGCUCUCCACCCCAGACAAAGUCCUCAUUCCCGAACGGUACAUCGACCUGGAACCCGACACUCCCCUGAGCCCUGAGGAGUUGAAGGAGAAGCAAAAGAAGGUGGAGAGGAUCAAAACACUCAUUGCGAAAUCUAGUAUGCAGAACGUGGUGCCCAUCGGCGAGGGGGACUCUGUGGACGUGCCCCAGGACUCAGAGAGCCAGCUGCAGGAGCAGGAGAAGCGGAUUGAAAUCUCCUGUGCCCUGGCGACCGAGGCCUCCCGCAGGGGCCGCAUGCUGUCUGUGCAAUGUGCCACCCCAAGCCCUCCCACCUCCCCUGCUUCCCCGACUCCACCAGCCAGCCCCCCAUCGUCUGAAUGCCCGCGGGGUGCCGACAGCAGCCAUGCCAUGCGGGUCUGAGCUCUGACUGCAAGCCCUGGCGGAAGCCAACGCUGUGAAGCUCCACAGAGCCACCUUCUGAAGCGUCCUCUGCCCACCUGGGGUCCUGGCUUCCCACUCUGGCCCCCUGCCCAGCACUCCCCACAGGAGUGUCCCACACAGGGAGCCAGGCUGGGGCCAGCGCUGCUGCAAAGAGGAACGUGGAUGCCUCGGGGUUCACAUCUGCCGCCCUCGGCUCUGAAGCCCAUGUUCUUGUGCUGUGGAUCGAAGGGGGAGCUUGCAGUGGCAGGACCUGAAGGCCACCCUGUCUGAUCCCCACGUCACAGGGAACCCAAGUGUGGCUCUGGAUGACACUGUGUGAUGGGGGGCCGUGCCCCGGUGGGGAGCAUGCGCUCAGCUGUCUUGAGUGAGGACUAGAGGUGAAGAGAGGCAGACCCUCCACCUCUCGGACACUGCUCAACCCAGGGAGGACAGCUGCCGCCGUCAUCCCCUCCCCGUGAGCCCCAGCUGCCCCAGCAGUGCCCAGGGCUUGGCGAGACACUGCUGCUGGGGCUUCCUAAAGUGCACUGCAGACCAGCCACCCUGCUUGAGCCAAAGAGAAGAGGAUGAGACAUGGGGAGAGGCUCCCGGGCUCCCGGAAGGAACAAGCGCUGGCUGCGGAAAGAGGACGGCAGGUGUGUGCGGUGUCUGAAGGCAGGUUGGAAGGGGUAGCGGAGCGAAGAGGAGCACGGUCAGAGAGUGCAGGAAAGGGAAGUGAGAGGCUCUCACAAGUAAAGAGGAAGUGAGGACAGAGGGAGGUGGGAAGGGAGAACGGAGCCUUAGGUUAGCGCCGAUCAGAGGGCCCCGUGGUCACCUGUGUACCUUCACAUCUUCCUCAGGAGCAGGUGGCCCCAGGGGGACUCACCAGACACACAGCAGCCUUAGCUGAGGUGCUUGGUAUGGAGAGCAAGGUGUAGGAGGAGGGGAAGUUGGGGCACAACAGCCUGGGAGGUGGGCCUUUCUAGGUCAAGGCCUGAUGUCUGCCUCUUCCACCUGGAGCCAAAGGCAGAGAGAAGGCCCUAUCUUACUCCUUGACGCCUUACCUAGCCAGUUUCUUGCCCUGUUUCCUCUCUGGGAAGUGCUGAGGUCCAUCCGAGAGUUUGCCUCAGUGAGGGGAAACAAGAUGUUAACUGGGAGAGACCCUUCAUCUCAGGCAGCCCAGAGCAGGACCAGGGGAGACUGAGCUCCCUAGCAGCCCACCCACCCAGGAAGGCAGCGGGGGAGAGACAGGAGCAGAGCACAUUCCUCCUCCUCUCCACCAACCCUGAGUGAAUGUAGCCGGAGAGCAGGGCGGGGGAAGAGCUGCCACUGGCAGCCCCCAGGCCAUCUCUGCUAGAGCUGCUGCCCAGAGAGCAAGAAAUGACCGCGUCAUCUCCCCCCAGUUCCUUGUCGGUCCUUCAUGGCUGGGACAGUUACUGGUUCACAUGCAAGUAAAAAUGAUGGCAGUUCAUUCCACAAAUGCUGGUCAAGCACCUUCUAAAUGUACCAGGCACUGUUCUAGGUGCUUAGGAGUUCCUCUUGCUUCCGAGGGACUGUGGACUGGAAGGAUUCCGCCUGUCCCCACUUCUGGUGGCUUCCGGAACAUGAUCCUUGUCAAUGUUUGCCAUCUUCACUGCUCAAGCACCCUAAAUCUGCCCUUUCUCCCCUAUAGACUGGUAGGUGGGAAUACUUCCCAGGUUAACCCUCUCUCCACACCCUUUUUCCACAAGAAACAGAUUGUUCAGGGCCUUCCCUUCCUUUCCCCCUUUUUAUUUGUCUCUCCUCUUUUUUUUUUUUUCUAAAGUGGUAUUUUUAGAAAUACAUGUAAAAUAUUGAGAAAUUAUAUGUGCGCCUCUUCCACCUCUUACCCUGUAUUUCAUAAAGCUGGCUCUUUAUGUUUCUUUACAUGCCUUAAUAUAUGUUUUCUGGAAGUGACUCCUGUUGUAGAUGCCCAUGUAAUGUACAUAUUUGUCUGAAUGUCAUCAGUCCUUUCCUCAGCUCCUGCCCAGGCCUGUUUUCUGCCCACAACCAUUCCUGGCAUAUCAAGACCAUACCCCUUGCCUUUUUGAUCCAAAGAAGGGGAGAGGAAAGAGUUAUUUUAAGGCAGAUCUACUUUAUGCUUUUGUUUAAAAAGCAAAUCUAUUUUCAAAAUGUGCAAUGUCUGAAUGGGAUUGGCCAGUGAUAUGAGGAGACUUGGAUGUCUGUCUCUAGGUCCCAACCUGUGCUCUUCCCUCUUCCCCAGUAGCUAUAUUCCUUCCCAUUUCCCAGUCAGCAAAGGGCUGGUCCCCAGAGCUCACCUGGAUAGCAUCCUCAUUCCCUUGGAAGUUCUGGUCUAAGAACUUGAUGACACUGUCAAUGCCAGAUGACAUGUCCCAAGGUUUGUCAGGUAUGGGAUUCUCCUGAAGAAAUGUUUACAGCCGUAUGCAUGCACAAAAGUACCCCCAUGCAAGCGCUCCCCACAUGGGCUCCUGAAGCACCUCUCCUCAUCCUGCUGGGGGAGAGCAUCAAUGGGUUACUGGCAGCCUAUGUUAGCCAGCUUAAAGGUUAUCAAUAUGGACCCAUGAUUCAGAGUAAAGCCCAGAGGGAGUGGCUUGGGACCCUCUGUGCUUCUCCGGGCUCUCCAGUGAGGAUGCCUGCUAGUUCCCUGGGCCUUUCACACUUUCUCUUGAGCCCUCUCUGGGUCACCUCUGUCUCCCUUUGGGACGUUUCUCUGCUGAGGCUGUUAUGGUACCUUGGUCUGGCAUCCAGACUUGAAGCCACUUUCUUGACUGGGAAGGGUCCCACAGGCAAUGUCACGUCUCACUCAGCCUUGCCCAAGAAGAAACCCUCAGCACUUUGGCUGGUGGUGGCUGGAGCCCCAGCCUGGGCCCACUCAGGCUUCCAAACCGCUUCUCUGACACACGCAAUGAGCAGGGAGCCGUGGGUUCGGGCAAGUUGGAAACCUCAGUCCAGAUGUGAAGUGAAGGGGCUGGGAGUUUUGCAGAGCUCCUGGCUAGUUUUGGAAAUCUGACUUCCAGCUCUGGCUCCCAGCCUGGAGUCUCUUGCAAUGGGUGAACAGAGCCCAGAUGGGGGUCCAGGGCGAAGCAUCCCUUCUGGGGAAAUCCCUGGCUUCUCAACUAGGGCCUUUGCAGUGAGCCCAUUACCUCCCCCAUCACAUCACUAUCCAAAAGGCUUUGAUCAACUACUGCUACUGUCACUUUAAAGAGUUUCUGAGGUCGAAGGCUUGCAAGCAGCAAGCAAGCACUCCUGCCUUGGUGAGAGGCAUGUUCUUGAGGCAGGCUGACUACUAGGUAGAAACCCUUCCUUCCUCUUUAGCACCUUCCACCUGGCAGCUCUUAAAACUAAGAAAAAAAUUAUAUAUAUAUAUAUAUAUAUAUACACACACAUAUCUAUUUAUGCACAUAUUGGGGCCAAUUUGAUUUGCUAGUAUUAGAUAAACCAUACAAGGAAAUUUAUGAUCUCAGUGUCUUUAUUUAGUAUGAAAGUGACCUUGGACAAAGAACUAAGGUUAGAUAAACAGCAUCUCUUUUGGGACCACACAGCUGUAGAUUCCCCUGAGCAUCUGGCUAGCCAGACCCCCUCCCUGAGGAGAAGGGGACCCCUCAGCCAAGGUAGACAAGAGCUCAUUUUCUCCUUUUGGCAGCAUUCUUACUAGAUUUAGGUACUGAAGAAUCCCAGUGAGUUCUGCAUUUGUAUCUUGCCAGUUUGUAUAAAUUCCGAAAUAAAAUAUGAGAAAUAAAAAUAAUGGUUUGUA